AUGAGGAAAAUCUAUAAGUAUAUGGCACUUAUGGACAAGAGCAAAUACCUAGAUCCGAAGUUUUCAGAUUCACUUGAACAGCUUUCAACAUUCCUAAAAGGACACUUCGAAAUGGAUAAUAAUUCCACAAUAACUUCAAACUUGUCUAAAUUUCUUGAAAACAAAUCAGAGAUCUCAUUAAUAAUUACACCAUCGAAGGUGCCUCUCUCCAAGAAUAUAUCAAACUUUACGAAUCAAGACAUUGUAUCUAGUUCACAUUAGAAUAUGCUCCAUCCAAAUUAGGAAUCUACUCCCAGAAAAGAUACUAUGUUUAAACAGGCAGCAGUCCUUUAACUCAAUUCAAGAAAUUCAAGAACUAAUAGCCAGAGAAAUAAAACUACUACCAAUCUAAAUUUGAAUACCUCCAGCUUUUCAAUGAGGUCAAGGGAUAGUAUGCAGUCCAAUAUUUUGUAGUAAUAAAAGAGAAAGUAACUGAAUAUGUCAAAUAUCUAGGCACAUGCUCUAGAGAUAUCCUAGAGCUACAUUGACAAUCCUCUUGUAAUGACCAAACUUGAAAAGCUAGUGGGUUAGAAAAAUAAAUUAUCUCCUAUCAAAGGCAGUCAUAAUAAUAAGACAACUGGAUUAAUUAUAAAAUUAAAGAAAAGAGCUGUGCAUAAUAAAAGCUAUUAAGAUCCGAUGAGAUAAGCGGUUGAUAGUAGAGGCAAUAUCUUUGAGAAGUAGGAAGAAGAAGAUGAUCUAGCUUCCUCUUCAAAAAGGAUAAUGAAAAAUAGCAAUUAACCUUUGGUAAUUGAUUAAUAAGAAUCGCUAUCAAUGAUGGGUAAAAGCUAGAAGUUAGAGAACUCUAGAAAUGAAAGUAUGUCAAGAAAGUAUACUUCAUAGCCGCGAGCUUCAACGAUUCGAAGGUCUGGAGACAAGUAGAAUCUCCUGCCAGAUUUGAUGAAUAGAGGCAAAUCGAAUGGCACUCAGAGGCCUAGAGUAUAAAGAGACAGACAACUUUCAUUAAUUAGUUCUAGAUCAGCGAGCAGCAUUAAAUCAAGGGGAGAGACUUAGCCAAACAGUACAACGAACUUUGUGAGAUCUAAAAUUUUAAGGCAGCAGCAUCAGAUCUAUGGGCCGAUUUCACAGUUUUCAAAUCACAGAAACUCUUUGACUGAUUCCAAGUUCAUAAGUUCAGGCAGCGGCACUUACCAGUCUAAGUAUGUUAGGAAUGUGAUAAGUUUGAACAAGAGAAGCGAAAAUAAUAAUAGCUCCUUUUAAAAGAAAUAGUCUGUACAAGAAGAUCAUCAAUUGAAUGGCAAUGAUUUAAUGAGAACGCAUGAGUCUAUAGCUGGUAGUAUGGCUAAGACAGCUCCAUCUAAGAGCAAACGAAAGAAACAUCAUAAAAAGAACUAGCAAGGCCAACCUCUUGAUGUGUAUAACAUGAUACAACACUCAUUUGUUUCCCCCCUCCGCGGAGUUACUUCGGCUGCUGUCCCCACCAAUAAUAUGAGAGGAGUUAGCAGUUCACCUUAUGUCAACAAGAAAAGAUCUGAUGUACCUCACAUUCAAAGUGUUAAUAAUUUACAGAAGAUGCAACAUCGAGAUUAUAGUGAAGAUGAAUUGAAUCGAAUGGUUUCAUACAAUCAAAUCAAUCUAGAUGAAUAAGAGCGAAAGUACUAUGAAAUACUUGAAUCUGAGAAGAUGCAAUUAAAAAAGAAGGAGAACGCGAGCAGAGAAAUAAUUGCAGAGAUUUCACGCAAACUCAAACAAACAGAGAAAAAAGCUACUGAGGAAUCAAAGCUUACUUUGGAGUAUAAAAAGCGGCACGAUCAAAUGAAGAAGAAACUUGAAAAGGCUUAAAAAGAAAAACAAGAAAAUGUGAAUUAAUUGAAAAGUCUCUUUGUCCUAUUCACUUAGCAAAGAAAAGCUUUGGAACUCUCUAUAUAGAAAAGCAAGAAAUUAGAGGAAGAUAAUAUGAGAUUUGAGUAAAGGAAUAAAAACCUGGAAGAGCAGCACAAAAUGUUCUACUCAAGAAUUGAAUAACUUGAAGCAGAUAGAGAUAUGCUGUUAUAAAAGCACAAAAGGGAUAAAGACAUUUUAGAGUAGGAAGUUGAAGAGAAGAGAUUAGUGCUUAAGAAGUAUGAAAUUGAAUACAAAGAAGUUGGAAAUCAGAAACUAAUGAUGAAGAGAUAGCUGGAUGAAUAUGAGUCUAAGAUUAAGAAAUUAAUAAUAGAAUUUGAGGAAGAGUCUAAAAAGCAUAUAAGAGAACUUAAUGAAGUGCAUGAAUAAUACAGAGGGUAUAAGACUAAUGCAAUGGAGUUGGAGUAAAGAAUUCAACAGUAUAAGAUGGAUUAGCAGAAAGCGUUAUAAGGCGAAAGAGAGGCAAAGAAAGAAGUCCACAGAUUAAGACUUGAGAAUGAUGAAUUUCUGGAGAGAGUCAGGUUUUUAGACCAAAGGUAUAACACCCUCAUUCAUAGAAUGGGAGCAUCAUAGGAAGAUUUAGCUGCUAUUGACGAACUUAUGAGGUAGAGUGAUCUUUAUUACAACUAAGAAGAUGAUGAGGCUUAAGUAUAUCAAAUGAAAAAUCCUUCUAAGGGAAAGCAAAAUCAAUAUAACCAAAACAUGAUGCAGCAACCUUAGUACUACUAGCUGGAUCAAAUGUAGGUUCAAGAUUAUGACUAAGAAGAACAAAAAAGACAUCAUGGAGGAGAUAGCAGACUACAGUAAAGAAAAGAAGAGCCUUAUCUAAAAUAACAGUAGUUUAUGCCAAUGGUUGUAAUGGAUGACGAAGGUGAUUAUGGUGAUGAGAUGGAGGAAGAUGAAGAAGAAAUUGUCUAGCAAUAGCCAGUAGUCUACAAGAAUUAAUAGCCUAUAAAUGGAGUUAUAAGUGGGGAGUAAACUAUUGAAUAAAGUGAAAAUAAUAGAAAUAAAAAAACGAACAUCGAAGUAUUAGAUGAAGAGCAUUCAUUAUAACAGUAUCAAAUUCACAAUAGAUAAGACUAAGGGGAUGAAGAGGAAGACAAUCAAUCUGACUCUGAGGAUCUCUUAAAGAAAUUAAUUGAAAAUAUUGGAGGAAAUCCUGCACUCUAGAAUGAAUUCAUUAAGGAGCAAUUCAAAUUAGGGAAAAUUAAGAAUGAAUCAGAUCUGCAUGAAUACAAGAAUUUACUGAACUCUAUGGCAGCUCUGUUCUAUACUAAUCAUAGAUUAAAUGAUGUAACAGUAAUGUUUUACAUGUGGAGAGAAGCAGCACUAGCAAAGUAAAAGGACAGAGUAUUACAAGAGUAAUAAGACUUUGAAUAGAAGAAGAAAUAGUAGUAGUAGUUAAAGUAAAAGAGCAGUGCAAAAGGCAAAAUACAGCCUCCAGCUGGAAUUCAAAUUGACACAGAAUUGGCAAACCAAGAAAUGUAUCAAAACUAUCAAAACUAAAAUUAGCAAGAUCUGAUUGACGAAGAUUCUCCUUCUGAGAUAGAAAAGGACCAUAAGUUAAUUAAGAAUAUGAUGAUUCACAUUGAGGGAGAUGAUACCAACCCCUUAAAAGAUGAAGAUGAAGACAUGAUUAUUGACAGAUAAGCUAGGAAAUUCCUAGAGGAACUAAAACAAGUAGGACCUUAUUCUAAGUAAAUACUAAACUACUCCUAUCCUCCUCUGCUUUAUUAAAGAGGCGAUGAUGAAGACGAUGAUGAUGAGGAAGAUAAUCAUCAUGGGUAAUUGCCAGAUUUGCUUGAUGAUGACGAUGAUAUCCAAGAUUUAAUUAAAGGUGGAGGUGGGGGUCUUAACAAUGAAGACCUUUAUGCCAAACUUAAAAAUGUAGUCAAAGACAAGGAGGCUCAUUAAUAUAUCGAGUAAAUAGACUAGGAUGGCAAUGUCUAUUUGGUCGAAGCUAAUCAGUACAAUGACUAUGGAGACGAAGAUGAUAUGGACGGAUAGCCAGUGUUAUAAGAAGGUUAUAUGGACGAUGAAGAGUUCUUAAAUAUGAUGGAGCAAGAAGCAGUUGCUGGAAGAGUCCGAGGCUUAUAAGAUGUACUAGACUAGUAGAACUCCACUAUCAUCAAUAGUAGUUAAAACACUAGUCUUGAAGAUAAUUUCAUUGUAGAAUGA